AUCAUCCCAACCUUGCGCAUACCAUCUAUUACUCAGUGCACGUUACAGAGGUAUGGAGAGCCUAUCCAAACUCUUCGGGGGCGGUCAAGCCAGCACACAGCCGGCCCAACCGUCGCUGUUAGCCGACUGGAACACCUACAGCUCGACUACGGAUGUAGAAGCUGGCAGCGCAGCCAGCACUUCCGCGACCUCGACGUCGCAACUGUUCCAAUCUGCAGAGCAAACAGGCGCUAAGUUCACGGGAUUCCUGUCCCAAUCUUUUACCACGAUAUCUUCUGGCGUUCAAGGUGGCGUAAAUGCCGUCGCGUCGGGAGAAGCGUUCAGCAUACCCAGCAGCCAACAGCUGGUGUAUUUUUUCUGCUUCUUGGCCGCGGGAGGCGUCUUCCUGCUCCUCGCAUUCAUGCUCUUCUUGCCUGUUAUCAUCCUGGCGCCCUCCAAGUUCGCCCUGAGCUUCACGCUGGGGUGCCUUUGCAUCAUGUCCGGAUUCAUCCAGCUUCGUGGCUUCAAACAGCAGCUCACGCACAUGAUGUCGGCGGAACGCCUGCCGUAUUCACUAGGCUACAUCGGCAGUGUCCUGGCCACGCUGUAUGCGGCGCUGGUGAUGCGCUCCUACCUGCUUUCACUGCUGUGCUCGGGGCUGCAGGUGGUUGCGCUGCUGUACUACCUGCUGUCGUACUUCCCGGGCGGCGCCAACGGCGUCAAGUUCAUGCUGCAGCUGUUCAGCCAGGCCGCCAUGCGCUGCUUCGCCAGCGUGUACGCCAUGGUGGCCAAGUAGGCGGCGGCGGCGGCGGCGCAAAAAGCGGAUGAGCCGGGAGGAGAGGAGGGGGAGGGCGCGGGCAGCAGCAGCGGUGUGAGCAGCGGCGGAAGCGGAGGCUGCCACAGUGGCAAGAGGAGCAGGAGCGGCGGCGAUGCACGCAGCAGGAGCGGCGGGAGUAGCGAGUGCGGGAGUAGUGGGAGCGGCGAAGUCGACGGUGGUCAAGCCCCGCGGACGGCAGGGCCAGCGGAUGCAGGGUGCGGCCUGGGAACACGGGAUUCGGUGUGGGCUGUGUCCGACAUGGACCUGUUUGAUUGGACAGAACGGGCGACGCGGGGCUUCUAUCAUGCGCUAUUGGAUCGUGCCUUCGUAAAGGUCGUAAAGAUGGGAUUGGUGCGCCAAUCAGGAGAGGUUGAGCGGCGGUGUACGCGUGCGGCAGUCAAGUCGCGUGUGCUGCGGAUGAGGGUUGCGUUUGCAUUGAGGUAGCUGACUAAGGACGCAUUGGCCCGUGGGAUACCCACCCCCAAGGUGCUGCGUGUCAGCCUGUCAGGGCCUGCAGGAUGACGUGUGGUGAUAGUCAUGGUCAUGUUACCUGAUUUGGCUCCGCAUUCCAAACCAACUUCCCGCUGCACCUGGACGGCUGCCCUUCGCGGGCUUUAACAACAUUUUACAGCAGCAACCACAGAACCACUGGUGCAGUGCACAGGGCUCUCCUUACCGUUAGAGUACUUUCUGUAACUAAAGACUUGA